AUGCCGCUCUCCUCGGCCAGAGUCUUCGACUACAGCGACGACGCCGCGGUAGCAAAGUUGUUGGCGGACGAAGCCAAAGCAGCCUCGUCCAAGUACGCCUCCCAGGGUCUUUCUGCGCUACUGCCCAAGCGGUCAACGGGCGCCGCUCCGAAGCCCAACACUCGCUUCCUGAAGAACCUGGUACGAGACGCUGAUCAGCACAAUACCGCAUUGCGCCGCAAGGAGGACAGAGAACGGGUGGAGCGGUUGCGAAAUGGAGGAGUGAAGCGGAACGAGAGCCUGCCCAAGGACGAGUCUAAUGGUCGAACUAGGCCCGGCGGCUACUCUGGGAGAGAUGCGAAGCGUAGAAGGACAGACGAUUAUGGCCAUACACGAAGAGGAGACCGCGACGCUGGUAGACUUGACAGGGACUUUUCGUCUUCGCCGAAGAGGCGGCGCGAUCCUAGAAGCGUGUCCAGGUCAAGGUCAAGGACACCGCCGGGUGAGAAGGAAAGAAACCGGAGUAGGCGCCAUGGGAGCGACAAGCACUCGGCCGAUGAACGACAAAGUCAUGGCCAUGAAGACAAGCACACAUCACAUCGCAAGCACAAACGACGGAGGUCGAGAUCGGGAUCACGAUCACGUAGCCCGGACCGGGACGACCGCCGCCGUCGCCAUCCAACAAGUAUACGAGACAACCGCGACGGUGCCGAUCGCGAGUCCUCCUCAGACCCUCUAGACGACCUCGUCGGGCCGCAGCCCCCAGACACACACCACAAAACGGUCCAUUACCGCGGCCGAGGCGCCCACAAACUCACCACAAACUCAACAACCAUCGACGACCACUUCUCCACCAAAUACGACCCAGCUUCAGACGUCCGGCUGGACCCAGACGUCGAAGAGACCGAUGAUUGGGACUUGGCAUUAGAUGCCUUACGCGACCGACGAGCAUGGGAGAAGAACCACGCCGACAGAAUGCGAGCAGCUGGAUUCAGUGCUGAAGAGAUCCGCAAAUGGGAAGACAGUGGCAAGGAGAAGGACGCUCGCGAUGUGCGGUGGAGCAAGCGCGGUCAGACGAGGGCCUGGGACGUUGGGAAGGACGUCUUGUCUCUUGAUGGCGCGGCCGAUAAUGAUGUUGACGAUUUUCAGGAGGACAAUACGGGACGACUGACGCCAUAG